GAAGUUGCUCAGUAAAACACGCUGUUUAUGUACGGUCGACUACCAAGUGGUGUCUCUACACCGUAUUCAGAGAGAUGUUCACCGUUCAACAAUCUAAUGAGGAUUCCCAUUAGAUUGUUGAAACAUACAUUUUUCGUUAAACCGACGAUGAUGAAAAAAUCGGUACUUUUAUUUGUGGUCCAAGCGUUGUGGAUCAUGUGCCAGAUCGCCGGCCGAUCGGAUGCGCUCUGCUCGUUUAACCGUGGUGACAAGGUUCCGACAAAUUUCGAAUGCCGGGUGCAGUCCUGCGGAGGGGCGGGACGGCUAACUUUCCAGUCAGAUGGCAACCUGGUCAUCUAUGAUGGCAGCGACCGCCCAAAGUGGAACAGCAACACCGCCGGCCGUGGUGAUCAAGCCUUGUUCCAGACAGACGGGAAUCUGGUCAUCUAUGAUAUUUCCAGCAGAACCGUGUGGGACAGCCAGACAGCGGGAAGAGGGCGUCGGCUCGUUUUUCAGGAUGACCGCAAUUUGGCUAUCUACGACAACGCCGAUAAUGCGGUGUGGAGUUCAGGCAAUUAUUUUAAGUGUAAUUAACGUGGAAUGAAUAUGAUUGUAAAAGUUCUGUAUCAUCAAGGGCUGAUAAUUCAGGAACAAGCCACUCGUUAUCUUUUAUUGUGCAGGUUAAUUUUUGUUGUAUAUGUUUUGUGCCGUUAUAAAUGAAAAAUCUAAUAUUUGGUAUUAUACAUGGAUGUAUAUGUUUUUCUGGCAUUUGUGCAGUCAGUCUAUUCGUUUUACACGUUCAGUUCAGGUUAC